AUGACGAGGCCGCGGCGGUCGUCUGGUGCUAGCGAGGAGAGCGGCGGGACCGCGCCUGAACAGGAGCUUGGUAGCAUGUAUGACUAUUUGGCGAAGAUUAUUCUAUUAGGUCCCAGUGGUACUGGAAAGUCAUGUUUACUCCACCGAUUCGUCAAGAAUGAAUGGCGAGUAUUGUCGUCCCAAACCAUCGGUGUCGAAUUUGCGAGCAAGAUCAUAAGAGUUGGAACUGGAUCGCGGCGCAAAAGGAUCAAGCUCCAGCUUUGGGAUACCGCCGGAACCGAACGAUUCAGAUCAGUUUCAAGAUCAUAUUACCGUGGCGCCGCCGGCGCCAUCUUAGUGUACGAUAUCGCAUCCCACUCUUCGUUUCGAGCCAUCCAGCCCUUCCUCAACGAUGCCCGCGCGCUGGCAUCUCCUAACCUCAGCCUCAUGCUUGUUGGUAACAAGCUCGACCUAAUAUCCGAUCCUCUGGUGGACACAAGUAUAUCUUCUACGACGCCCAGUAGUGUGAGCUCAAAUGCAACGAUAACGCCCAGAGACAGUCAAUCUUUCUCGACAUCAGUUUCGACUACAGGAAUGGGAUCUUUGAGAGAGCACGGCGGCUCACUAAGCGCGGCAACCCACCAAAGAGCGACCAUCGCAAUGGAGGGUCGCGAGGUAUCCGAGAUCGAAGCGACCAGGUGGGCGAGUACGGUGGGCAUCUCGGUCGUGACAGAAGCCAGCGCACUAAGCGGGGAGGGCGUCGACGAGAUAUUUUCACGGCUGGCAGGCAUGAUUCUCACCAAAAUCGAGCUUGGAGAGAUUGACCCAGAUGAUCCGAUGAGCGGCAUCCAAUACGGCGACAGCGGGGCAUGGAACAACGCUGCUAGUGAUGGCGGAAGUAUCAAGAGCACGAUGACCGGGGGAACAGUGGACGAAGGGCCGUCCGGCCUACGGAGACGACGGAAAGGGAGAAAUCGCACGCAGAACUGGGGGUUGCGGGAGUGGGAGGAUGUGUUCACACUCAGCAGUCACCGCAGAAAUCGCGGAGGUUGUUGCUGA